AUGAAGCCCAGAAUGUGGGCCCCACAUGCAAGCCAGCCUCCCGGAGGCUUCCAGGCCACGUCCUCAGUGAAACUUCUCUUCCUUCCCAGCUUUGUGGAGCCCCAGUCAGGGGAGACCCCAGAACUGGAACAGCAGGAGCUGAGCCGAGGUGGUGGACAGAGAAAUCUGGGGACUCUCUUCGGGAAUGAUGAGAAAGGGUACACGUUCCUGCGCAUGCACUUGGUGGUUCACUCAGGCGUGGGAUGCAUGGGCUCCACGAGUGGUGGGAGGGAGGUGGGGGGAGCCGACUGGGCAUAGGGGAGUAGGGAAGACCAAAGGUGGUGGAUGGGCAGGCCCAUGACUUCCCUGGGCUCCCAGCUCUGCAGGGCAGCAUUCCUGGCCGCCAUCUUGCUGCUGCUGCGGGUCAAGGGAGCGAAGCUUCAGAAAGGCAGCCUGGAUCCCAACGAGAGGAGUCAGAACGAGAAAACACCCUCCACAGACCAGGAUCAAGAGAACUUUGAAGAGCACUUUGUGGCCUCCUCCGUGGGGGAGAUGUGGCAGGUUGUGGACAUGGCCCAGCAAGAGGAUGACGGGACAUCAGACACAGCAGCCCUUCGUGACCACCUAUUUAACCUAGCCUUCUGCUUCAAUCUGGCCAGCAUCAUGGUUUUUUUAUGA